CAAAGCGCUGCUGCCUCCCUGCAGGGACAUAAGGGAGAGCUGGGUCACCCACAGCCAGGAGCAGCACUGAGAGGAGGUCAUCACUCCAACCCCUUCCUUUUCCAGCCCCCGGGAUGAGCCGGGAGGGAAACAGCUUUAAAAGCACCCAGAGGGCACCAGCAUUCCUGGUGGCAUUCCUGGCGCUCAGCACACCUCUCCUUUGGGAUGCGGGGAGGGGAAGCCGCCGCUUUCACUUUUUAUUCUGAUUAUUAUUCAUUGCUGUAACUGCGGCUCUGCUGCACUAACAGGAUGCUGGGCAGCUUGUUUGUCUCCAGCAGACAUCCCUGGGGCGGGGCAGGCGGGCGUGGAGCGUUCCUGUGACCCCGGCUAUUAACUCCUCCAAAAGCCGGCCCGAGCCGUUUAUUUUCUUUAACAUACAAUUUAAGUGCUGGAGCAAGUUCAGAGAGGCAAUCUCCGUCCGUGUCAGCGGCCGAUAAGAAGAAGAAUGGUUUGGCAAAGCGAAUUGAGCCCGGAGCGACCCCACUUUGCAGCAGCACAUCCUGCGUGGGGAGGGGGGGGCUGAGCCCGGCCCCGCACCUCGGGCCUUGAGCCGGGGCCAGCUGAGCUCUGCGUCUGCUCGCCUCUGGCUGCGGAUGAGAUGGCAGCAGAGGGGUUUGAUGCCUCUCAUUUCCUCCUGUGUCGUGGCCAAAAACCAUCCGAAAUGAUGGGGAGGAGACACAGGAGCUGUGCGGGCGCGGCUGCUGGAGGUGCAGCGCUCUCAGGAGCAGUUUGGGUUUGCAGCACUGUUUGCCCCCUCAUCUUUUUCCCCCCUUCCCAAGCCAACACGUGGUCUGAGCUGCACCUUUCCCAUCUUUUCUUGCAGCUCUUCCUGGAGAAGUACGGCUACUUCAGGGCGCCGGGGCCCGGCACACACAGCCCCGCCGAGUUCACCAGGGCGCUGAGGGAUUUCCAGCGGGUGAGCCACCUGCCGCCCAGCGGGGUGCUGGAUGCCCGCACCCUCCAUCAGAUGGCCCGGCCCAGGUGUGGCACCGACGACGGGCACGGCCGCGCUGCGGGGGCAGCGCCCGCCCGGCGCCGCCGGCGCACGGCGCAGCACGGAGGGCGCUGGCCCCAGCGGCAGCUGCGGUACCGCGUGGUGAACUGGCCGUCCUACCUGCCGCGGCACGAGGUGCGCCUGGCCGUCAGAGCCGCCUUCCAGCUCUGGAGCAACGUGUCCUCCCUGCUCUUCUGGGAGGCCCAGGAGGGCCCCGCUGACAUCCGCCUCACCUUCUUCCACGGGGACCACAACGACGGGCUCAACAACGCCUUCGAUGGGCCAGGAGGUGCCCUGGCCCACGCCUUCUUCCCCCGGCGAGGAGAAGCCCACUUUGACAGCGCCGAGCGCUGGUCCCUGCACAGCGGCAAGGGCCGCAACCUCUUCAUCGUGGUGGCCCACGAGGUGGGGCACACGCUGGGGCUGCAGCACUCGCCCGUCAAGAGCGCCCUCAUGUCCCCCUACUACAAGAAGCUCAGCAAGGAUUUUGUCCUCAGCUGGGAUGACAUCUUGGCCAUCCAGAAUUUGUACGGAAAGCCCUCCAAGGGCUCGGCCGUCCAGCUCCCAGGAAAGGUCUUCACUCACUUCCAGGACUGGAACACGGACCUUUACGGCAGGGACCGAGAGCAGAGGAGCCUCAGCACCUAUUACUGCCACUCCUUCUUCGACGCCAUAACCGCCGACGGGGAUUACAACCUCUACAUCUUCAAGGGCAGCCACUACUGGGUGGUGUCACCCAGUGGCAAUGCCAGUGACCCGCAGCCACUGCAGCCACGCUGGCCUGGCCUCCCUGCUGGCAUCGACGCCUGCGCCUGGUCCCAGCUCACUGGGAAGUUCUACUUCUUCAAAGGCGGCCGCUGCUGGCGCUACGCGGGCUCCGCGCUGGAGGCAGGAUUCCCCCGCAAGUGCAGCGCCCUGGGGCUGCCCCGGCACCCCGACACCGCGCUCUACUUCCCGCAGCUCCGCCGCCUCGUCCUCUUCAAGGGCCCCAGGUACUUCGUGGUGGGCGAGGAGCCGCUGGGGCUGGAGCCCUACUACCCCCGCGGCCUGCGGGACUGGGCCGGGCUGCCCGCGGGCACGGCCGGGGCGCUCGCCCACCGCGACCGGGCCGCCUACUUCUUCCGGGAUGACCGCUACUGGAAGUUCGACCAGGAUAAGCUGCAGGUGGUGGCCACGGGCAAAUGGGCCACGCAGCUGGCCUGGAUGGGCUGCUGGGACGCCAACAGCGAGCAGGUGCUGUCCUGAGCACAGUGGGAUGGGGUGAGAGGGGCUCUGCAUCCCCUGGUGUGACUCUGGGCGCCUGCGGGAUGCUCGGGCAGGGACUGGGUGUCUCUCGGAGCCGUGGGAUGGUGGAGCAGCCACCCAGCAGAGCUGGGAUGCGGCUGGGACAGGCGUGGCACAGCCAGGCGGCUGCAGCCUUUGGGACAGUGUUUUUUAUAAGAGAGCACAGAAAAAUGUAUCAGCCACGGAGGCUGCACACACACCCAUUUCUGUUUACUUUCAGGUAUUGUUACACGUUUUUCAAGCCAGGACUGGGGUUUGGUGAUACUUUUUGAUAUCUUUGUUGAUACUUGUUGAUAGCUGUCAUUUUCCCACGAUCAGGCAGAAGUGUCUCGCUGCUGCUCGCUUUGGGGUUUGGAUGGUUUUCAAUAACAGACUGACAACGUCUCCUGCUUGAAACCAAAAAAAGGAGACAUUUGGACAAAGAUUUGGGUCGAUGUGGAGCUUUGCCCCUGCUGUUUGUUCAGACCCCGGGGUAUGGAGGGUUGGGGAUGCUUUGCUGGGCUGUGCUCACACCCCAGUGCUCUGCUGAGGCAGCUGGAGACACCACCACAGUGGGAUUUUGGGCUGAAAGCAGCGGGGUUUGGUGUAGGAGCCUCUUUGGGGUGGAGAGAAAGGGGGGGGCUGGAGCUCACAGGCAGCAGGAGCAUUGCCUUGGAUGGGUUUGGGGUGCCUGGCUGGGGUCCCCCGUGUCUGACAAGGGCUGUGCUGCCCUGGAGCCCUCACUGGGUGCACAGAAGGUGCCAGUGCUCCUCUGCCUCUGCAAGGGACACGGGACCAGGGAAUUCCUGACUCCCUGGGCCCCACCCGGAUGAACGGGGGUGACAAAUUACUGGGGGAGGAGGGGAAGAGGAGCAGGACAGAGGGACAUGCCUGUGCAUGCAGGCUCACGGGGACUGCGUGGCUGCACAUUCCUCAUUCCUUCCCCAAGGCUGACUCCCCACCUGGAAACGCCGCUGGCUCCUGGGCAGGGUCACCAGGUGUCUGCAAAGGGCCAACCUGUCCCAGGGCUGGGGACGGACCUCAGCUUCCCUGGGCUGGAAUUCUGAGGCACUGGUGCUGAGCGAGACAGGGCUCAGCUUUAUGGAAUGAUUUACUGGAACCGAUUAUGCAGUGGUUCUGCCAGGAGUCAGAGCCCAGCACUGCUCUGGUCCUGCUGCACUGUCAGGGUGCUGGGCUGAUGUCAGGGUGCCCUCCUGAUGCCAGCAGCUUCCAGGAUUCCUCUUUCCCUCAUCUUUGCCCUUUCCAGACCUUCCCAGCAGAGCAGGGCUUGCCCUAAGCAGGGUGCCAGGGCUGGUACUUCCCAAGGGCUUUUGGUGCCAGCUGAGCUGUGGGUUGGGCAGGACGGGGAGCCAGCACUCCUCCCAUUCUCCAUAACUCUUGUGAGUGAGCCCUUCAUGAGCAGACACAGACACAGGGUCUUCAUCUGCCCAAAACCUCGGGGGACUUUCCACAUUGCCAGAGAAACACACAUUGUCACAGGAAUUGAAUGGCAAUGAGGUGACGUGGCCUGCAGGGAGCCCCAAGGGCUUGGAGACCUGACAGCAAAUAAAACCAACCUCUGGAUAUGUGGCA